AUGAAAGUUGAUAUUAAUUCAAAAACUUUCAAUGAUAUUUUUGAACAACUUACUACCAGGAAGUUUUAUCUGCAUCAGGUUGAAGUUUAUGUCAGCAAAGAUGGCGCGUUCUGGACGUUCGUUCAAGAUGAGUUAAAUGACGAACUUUCUUUAAUGUCUACAUUUGCAUAUACACAUAUCAAGUUUGUAACACAAACUGAAGAAAAAUUACCAAUUGAUAACACUUCAACUUUGGCAGCUGCAGCCCAUUUUAAUGCAUUUAACCGAAUUAUGCAAAGCUCUACACAGCAGCCUUCUUUACUAUCAUUAAAAAUGGAAAAUAAUCAAAAUAAUUUACUAUUUAAUGAUAUUAUAUGGUGUGCGUCACCUAUAAAUCACAAAAUCUGA